AUGAGUUUUAUUAUAAGUUCUGUGCCAUGUACAAUUCUUGCACGUUCAUCAACCCGCUAUGCCCUAAGGGUUCCGUUACUGUUUCGACCUUUGACGUCUCGAGGAUUUCAUGCGAAAGUGAAAAUUUUACAGAAGAAGAAAUUCCACGAACCAUCGAAACCCAUAAGAGCAGAAGCAGUUUCCACUCCACCAUCGCGCAACAGUGGUAAGAGUCUAUUAUUAGUAGCUUCACUUGCUAUCGUCACAACUAUUGCAUCAUUUCUUUAUCAAAAGGACGAACCUCAAGAAUUUAUUGAAGAAGAAAUAAAAAUGUCUCAAACUCCAGAAUUUACCACAGAACAAGUUAAAGUGAUCUUUGUACUUGGAGGUCCCGGUGCUGGUAAAGGUACUCAAUGUGCUAAAUUGGUAGCAGAUCAUGAUUUUGUUCAUUUAUCAGCUGGUGAUUUACUAAGAGCUGAACAAGCUCGUGAAGGUUCCGAAGUAGGUGCUUUGAUUAAACAUUAUAUUACAGAAGGUUUGAUCGUUCCACAGGAGAUUACAAUCCAGUUAUUAAACACAGCAAUUAAAGAGAAUUACUCCAAAGGUAGACAAAAUUUCUUAAUCGAUGGAUUCCCACGUAAGAUGGAUCAAGCCAUAACAUUUGAAGAAAUCGUUGUUCCAUCGCGAUUUGUUUUAUUCUUUGAUUGUCCCGAAUCAGUAAUGCUUGAAAGAUUAUUAGAGCGUGGGAAGACUAGUGGUCGUGAUGAUGAUAAUGCUGAAUCCAUCAAGAAACGGUUCAAGACUUUCGAGGAAACUAGUAUGCCAGUUGUUGAAUAUUUUGCUAAACAAGAUAAAGUUGUAAAAAUUGUUUGCGAUAAAUCUGUAAAUGAAGUGUAUGCUGAGGUUGAAACUGCCAUUGAGAAAAGAUUAUAA